AUGGACAAUCACAUUCUCUACUCUCUGUUUCUAUUAGGGAGUCUUCAUGCCAUCUCAAUCUGGAGUGAUGAAGAUCAGGAGGGUCUGUCCUGUCCAGAGCACCAGCAGGCCUUUGAGAGCUCCUGCUAUGAGUUUGUGGCCCUGCAGCACAGUCUUCUCAGUGCUCAGGGUUGGUGUGAAAGGGGCGGUGGGCACCUGGCUUUUAUCCUGAAUGAUGAGACACAGCAAUUUCUUCAAAAACACUUGCAGCCUGAGCAAGACUGGUGGCUAGGAUUAGCGCCUUCAUCCAUUAACCUCACAAUGGACUCUUAUGCCAUUGAAGGUCCCUUGUCCUGGCUGGAUGGCUCUGAUGUGAGUUAUUCCAACUGGCUCAGAGAGCCCUCACCGAAUGUAUCCUGUGGCUACAUCACAAGAGAUUCUGGAUUUCAGUGGGAGACCACCAGUAACUGUAGCCAGGAGAUUUACUUCAUCUGCGAGUUUGAGGCAGAACGUUCUUUAGCCUGUGCUGAUCACAACGCUACACUUCAAUGUGGUUCUGGUCAAGUGAUUGAGAUUGAUGAGAGUUUCUACGGCAGGAAGACGAUACAUUACUGCAGGAGCAGUCACACUCCCUAUGAUGCAUCUCCACAGCAGGAGGAGUGCAGCUGGGUGAAUAUAGUAGAUACUGUCUCAGAGAAUUGUCGUGGGCUACAGGUGUGUCAGGCUGCUGUCGAUAUAUCAUCCUUUGGAGAGCCGUGUCCUGCAUUGGGAAGCUACUUGUCAGUGGAAUAUCAUUGCAAAGAUGCUCUUCAUCUGUUGAUGAGAAAGCUGGCUGCAGUCUUUGACAACGUCACCAUCACUGUAAAGUGGCUGCUUCAUCCUUUUCAAGGCAACAUCACAUGUACAUUGAGUGCUGGAGAUGGACACAUUAUCGAUCAUUACAAUCCAGAAGAGAUGGAGAAUGUAGUACAUAAGUACAGCCAAGCUGGUGUUUACACUGUGACGACAGAGUGCAGUACUAAUGAAUGGCAUGUGACAGCCCAGAAAAGCAUCACUGUCGAGGAACCGCUUGGGGAGUUUGGGACUAUAAAGUGCCACAGCCUGAAUCAUACCACAGAGUAUCCAAACUGCAAAGCACUUUAUAAUAACCCUCUGAGAAUCCAAAUGGAGUUAGAUGCAGGAACAAAUGUCACCUACAAAAUUCAGCAUGGACAAACAGAUCUGGCCUCUUUGUCUGCUAUCAAAGGGACCAUUCCCCAUAACAUCACCUUAUCUCCCGAAGUACAGCAGCAGCUGGGACCAGGCUGUCAUCAGCUCACUAUAGUGGCUCUAAAUGGGGUGACAACCAUAGAUCAAUCCACCAGUCUGGAGCUGUGCUUUCUGGAGCCAGUGGAAGGCCUCACAGUGGAAGUGGAACCCGUGCAUGAGCUGUGUCCAGUCCAGGCCCUUUAUGUCAAUGUAUCUUUGGCACGAGGGGCUCCAGUUCAACUGCAUUUCUUCAUAUCUGGAGUCAAUCACACCUUCUCUGAGAUGCAUGAGAUGCUACACAGUCCACAGAUUUUUCUUAUCUCAAACACCAUACAAGGCACAUUAAAUGUUGUGGCCAGAGCAGAGAAUCCCCUCUCAGUCAUGGAAACGGAUGGUGGAAAUACAACAGUUUAUUGCCACAAUGAAACAGUGAUCCAGCACGAUGAAGACACAAUUGGUGAGCAUGAUAGUAUUCCCAGAGCCAACAAUCUGCAAAUUACUGCAAAUCCAAAGGUACCUGUCAUUGGCAUCACCAGUGUCAAGCUUUAUGUUGAUGGACUAAAUGAUGACAGCGCAAUCUGGAAAUGUGGUGAGACUUGCCCCUGUACAACUAUAGUGAAAAACAGAACAUAUGAAAUAUCGAGAGCUUGUCUUCCACCAGUCUACAGUUCCUCUGUGUAUACAGUGUACACCAAGUCGAAUGGUUUCUUACGAAGUGCAACCAGAUGCAUCACCGUCACUCCUGGGAAUAAUAUUAAGCUGCAUCUUACCUGUUCCAAUUGCAAUCCAGUGACUGUCACAGAUAGUGUUACACUACAGUUACAAUGUGAAGGCUGUCAGAAACUUGUUUGGUACUUUGAGAGCAUGACAGCUUUUACUGGUUUGCUGAGCUACUGUCGCUCACUGUCAAUGCCAAGGCCUUUGAUAAAGCAGGCAGAGAACGUUACGUCUCUUACAAUAGAGAGCGAUGUUCUGCAGAAAGCGCAGCAGGAUAUAGUAGUGGUGGUUUAUGCUAUCAAGGACAACCUGUCUGGGUCUGCUACAUACACUGUUCCACAUUUUGGUACAUCCACUACUGAGGUUGACCCUACAUUAGUCAAGCCUCUUUCACAGACUGUGUCUCUGACAAAUACAUCAAUCGAAUCGUCUACUUCCAUAAGCUUCAUGCCUCUCUCUUGUUUCAUUAGCCCUUUAAUGGGUGACGUUCUCUCGCCCUUUAAUAUCACAUGCUCAGUGGAUCCAUCUUUUUGUAAAGCUGGGCCCUGUACGUACUGCUUCAAAACAGACAGUGGUAACUAUUUUUACUGCGGUUUGGAGCAAGCGGCAAAGUCUCUUUUCCUCCCUCUAGGGGAUUGGCGAAGCAACUACACUCUGCUAGUGAAAAUCACUGUUAUGAAUGCUGAAGGUGUUGCUGUUAAAACUUCUGUAACCAUUCAGGUAGUUGACACCAGUGUUGAGCCCACCGUUGGAGAUCUCCAGGCACUGGUUUCCACCCAGGUGGCUCAGCUGCAGCAACAAGGUCAUCUUUCAGGGGCCGCGCUAGCACAGAUGUUCCAGUCUGUGUCCAACCGACUGAACGAUGCUUUGACUGAAAGUCAAAAUAAGAGUGCCAAAAAAGAGCUAAGACAAACAAUGUUGCAGAGUUUGAGUGUUGCCACAUGCACAGCACCUCCAAAGAAUCCAGCAGAGGUGCAGAUGAGUGCUAAUGCACUUGUAGGCCUCACCGCACAGGGUGAUGAGUUGACAGCCACUUCUCAGUUAAAGGCUAGUUCUCUUCUAGCAAACCUCAGUAAGUCCCUGGUCGACUUGACGCUUUCCCAUGAGAACGUCUCUGAACAGAUCCUGCAAGCGGCCACACCGAUUAUUGACGCUGUCAGUAACAUCAUCAAAGUUCCUUCCAAUACAGAGAAGCAGAGUGAAAUAUCCAGUCAUUUAUUGAACUCUGUGGGCAAUGUUCAGAGUGCCUUGUUGGCUGGGAAAGAGGUGAACCAGGAGCCCACCAUACUCAGCACCUCAGUGGUUGGUUUAUAUGUCAACAGAAUGUUAUCAGAUGGCCUUCAGAAACACCCUUUUAAAAUUCAGAAAAACAGCUCUGCCAGUUUUAUGGUCCCAUUUCUAGGCUCUGAUAUCCUGUCUGCUGAAGAACCAGUAGAUGUACGGAUGACAAGUUUUGGGAUAAAUCCGUUCUCCCGUUGUAAGGGAGAGCUUAUCAGUGGUGCAGUUGGAUCGCUCUCUCUUACUUACAAGAAUGGCUCUGUGAUUCCAGUGGCUAACCUCACUGAGGAGAUUGAGAUUCUCUUACCAAGGACAGAGAUGGCGGAGGUUAACCAAACUCUUCUGGACCUGGGAAACUACAGCACUGUGGUUAUCAAUGUGACCACACCCAAUAUAUCUGUGGUUAUAAAGUUAGACCCCUCAGAGGAAACACCUCUACAGCUUCUCUUGGGUUUUCAGGACUACCCAAAUGAUACAAAUUAUGAGGCCCGGAUUCAGCUGCCUCAAGAUGGGCACUCUGAAGAGGAGAGGUACACAUGGGUGCUGGACCCUACGGUGAUCACAAUAGAAGUGGGCAUUUACUAUCUUCUAGUGAGGCCUGUUGUUGAUGCAGGGGUGAAGUCAACAAAUGCCUCGGUUUUCAUCACAACCAUUGCUGCUCAGUGUUUGUACUGGGAUGAAAUGAAUGCCAAUUGGAGUAGUGAUGGCUGUAGGGUUGGCCCUCGCACGACAGCAUUGGUUACUCAAUGCCUGUGUACACAUUUGACCUUAUUUGGAAGCACAUUCUUUGUCAUGCCCAACUUGGUUGAUGUGUCCCGCACCGCUGAACUCUUUGCCACCUUUGUCAACAAUCCAGUGGUGGUGUGUUUUGUAGGUGCCAUCAUCCUGGCGUACCUGUUGGUCAUGGUAUGGGCACGCAGAAAGGACAUUCAGGAUGCAGCUAAGGUGAAGGUCACAGUACUUGAGGACAACGAUCCUUUAGCUGAAUAUCGCUACUUGUUAAGCAUCAACACAGGCCAUCGCCGUGGUGCAUCCACCUCUUCUCAGGUGACAGUGACUCUACAGGGCACAGAAGGGGAGAGUGAACCUCAUCAUUUGGCUGACCCUGAUAAGCCAGUGUUUGAAAGAGGAGGACUGGACAUGUUCUUGCUCACCGCACCUGUCUCACUGGGAGAACUGCAGAGCAUUAGACUUUGGCAUGACAACUCCGGAAAACAUCCUGCUUGGUAUAUAAACAAGGUAAUGGUACAGGACCUGGAAACCGGGCAAAAGUGGCACUUCCUCUGUAGCUCAUGGCUGGCCAUUGACUUGGGAGAAUGUACUCUGGAUAAAGUUUUUCCUGUAGCAACAGAGAUGGAUUUAAAAAGUUUUAGUAAUCUGUUCUUCAUGAAGACUGCAAAGGAUUUCCGUGAUGGUCACAUCUGGUUCUCUGUGAUCAGUCGACCCCCCAGCAGUAAUUUCACCCGAGUGCAGCGGGUCUCCUGCUGUUUCUCACUGCUGCUCUGCACCAUGUUGACCAGCAUCAUGUUCUGGGGAAUCCCCACAGACCCCUCAGAGCAGACCAUGGACAUGGGUCAGAUUGAGUUCACCUGGCAACAGGUCAUGAUUGGUAUCCAAAGCUCCAUCAUAAUGUUUCCUAUCAACCUCCUCAUUGUGAGUAUCUUUAGAAAUGCUCGCCCGAAAGAGCGCAAGUCAGAGAUGUCUUCGAAGCAACAUUCAAAUAUAGAUCCCACAAAACAGUGCAAAACUGGACGUGUGUCUCCAAAUGAACCACACUCUCCGCAGAACAAUCACAAGGAAAUCACUCCAGAAGCAGUGAUAAAGGACAUUAAACGGAUAGCACAAUCGCUCUAUAAGGUCAUGAGAAGACCUGUUCCAAGAGUAGAACUGGACUCCAGCAAAAUAGAUAUCAACACUCUACUGUCAGUGGUUGAAGAGAUAAUUCGUCAACACAACAGAGUUGGGAAUGAAUUUUACACUCACUCUUCUAAAAAGGAGCAAACUCUUGCAGUUUCUCUAGGGUGUGUAAAUCUGAAAGAGAGUAGUUUUUGUGGGAACUCCGAAAAGAGUGAAAAACACAGUACUUACAGCCAAUUUAUCUACAAACAACUGCAAAAUGUGGAGAAAGAAUUGGGACUGGUGGGCCCUUCAUCCUUCUCUAAGCCAGACAGCUACAAUCAAGCUGUAUUGCAAGUUCAGGGCAUGAAGAAACUCCUUGAACCUCAUGUCUUCUGUUCGGUCGGUGGCCAGCAUACACGUAGCUCCAGCCCAACAGAAGGCAGCAGUGGGCACCGCAAAAAGGGUUGCCAGAAAGGCUUGCCCUGGUGGUUUGUGUUCGUAGGUUGGCUUCUUGUUGCGGCCACCAGUGGUGUUUCAGCAUACUUCACAAUGAUGUAUGGGCUGACCUAUGGGAAGGAGCGCUCCAUCGGAUGGCUCAUCUCCAUGGUGGUUUCGUUCUUUGAAAGCCUCUUCAUCACCCAGCCUGUAAAAGUACUGGGAUUUGCAGUCUUUUUCGCUUUGGUACUCAAAACUUUUGAUCAAGAAGAUUAUGGAGAUGUUCCGAUUGAUGGGACUCUACCCAACACAGAUGAUCCUGAUGCUGUCAGAAUAGCCAGAAGAGACAGUACGUGCAAUUUCUACCAGCCACCUCCUCCUACUGACAUAGAGAGGAUGAGAGACAACAUGAUCAAAGAACAGAAAGUGUUUGCACUCAUCAGAGAGAUUUUCAUUUAUUUAGGGUUCCUAUGGAUGCUGCUCUUGGUCGCAUAUGGUCAGCGAGAUCCAAAUGCGUACUACCUCACUCAGCAUGUCCGACAGAGCUUUAGCAGUGGAACAUCAGAGACUAUGAACUACAAAGAAAUAUUCACUUGGGCUAAAACCUCCUUGCUCAGUAAUCUGUUUGGCCGAUAUCCAGGUUUCAUAACGGAUGGAAACUCAAAACUUGUUGGCAUUCCUCGUCUUCGUCAGGUUAGGGUGAGAAGAGACUCUUGUAAGAUUGCCAAGUCAAUGAGGCACUCUGUUCCGGAAUGCCAUGCCCCAUAUUCUUGGGAAGCGGAGGACAUGGGCUCUUACAGUCCAGCCUGGAAUGCUUCUAAUAAUCUUAAUGGCUCUGAGACUUUCCUAACAUCUUGGCAAUACCAAUCUCAGGCCAAACUCAAGUCAAACACGGUCUGGGGCAAUGUGGCCCUUUAUAAGGGUGGAGGAUUUGUGGUGGACCUGGGCAGUGAUCAACAGAAUGCAAACAGGCUACUUCAGUAUCUAUUUGACAACACCUGGCUGGACGUCUAUACACGGGCUGUCUUCGUGGAGUUCACAGUUUAUAAUGCAAAUGUAAACCUCUUCUGUAUUGUAACUCUCAUGUUUGAGACAACAGGAGCAGGUGCUUUCCAAUAUCGAAGUGAGGUGCAGAAUGUGCGUCUUUACCAGUCCACUGGUGGUUUUCAUGUAUUUGUCAUGGCAUCAGAGGCUAUCUAUUUCCUCUUUAUUCUCUACUACAUGUUUGUGCAGGGUAAACUGAUGACGCAGCACAAAUGGGGAUAUUUCAGGAGCAAGUGGAAUCUUUUAGAGCUGGCCAUCAUCACUCUAAGUUGGAGUGCGUUAUCUGUGUUUGUCAAACGGACGAUACUGGGUAACCGGGACAUAGAGUACUACCACAAUAACAAAGACCUGUUUGUUAGUUUUUAUGAGACUGCAACAGCAGAUGCUGUACUGGGCUAUCUGAUAGCCUUCUUAGUUCUGCUUGCCACCAUCAAGCUGUGGCAUCUGCUGAGGCUGAACCCCAAACUACACAUGAUCACCUCUACGCUGCAGCGGGCAUGGACAGAUAUCUCUGGCUUCAUUGUGGUCAUGACUAUCAUGUUCUUGGCCUAUUCCAUUGCUUGCAAUUUGAUGUAUGGCUGGAGGCUUUACUCAUACAGAACUCUCCUUGAGGCUGCUCAAACCAUUAUUCGCCUACAACUCGGCAUCUUUAACUAUGACGAGGUAUUGGAUUACAAUCCAGUACUGGGUGCCUGUCUUAUUGGAUCCUGCAUUAUCUUCAUGACAUUCGUAGUGCUCAACCUCUUUAUAUCUGUCAUCUUGGUGGCUUUCAGUGAAGAGCAACUUCAUCCCACACCAUCUGAAGAAGAGGAGAUCGUAGAUCUGAUGCUGCAGAAGAUUUGCAGUCUUUUUGGGAUCAAAAUCAAGAAAAAGCAAAUUGAUGCUGAUGCUGCCAUGCCUACAACUUCAGUCAUAUCAUAGAAAUGAUGCUUGUGUCUAUAACCAUAGUAAAUGCAAGCUUUAUUGUGUAAUGCUUCUUGGUCUUUAAAAGGUGUCAUAGUAUACUCUUAACGGUCUUUGUGAAUUACAAUAUGUAGUCUUACAGGCACUUCUCCAUUAGGUUUGUUUGAGUGUUGGUCAAUGCUGAUCUUUACUAUAGCUAAAAAUGUUAAGCAGGAAAUAUGCAACUCUCUUUACUACAGUAUUGCAUUAAAUCUAUCUGCUUGUGUUUGAUAACUCAACAGGUAUAUCUGAGUGAAUACCAAUUAAAAACAUUCAUUAAACAUUGUCAUGCGCAGUGAAAUUACCUGCCGGGGAACCCAUUCAUGUCAACUAACAACCACAUUGUGUAGAAUUAUUACAUAAGGGGAUGUGCAACGUUUUUAAUAUCAAUACUUUUGACAAAAACAACGUUGCUGCUAUGCACUCAAAAUAUCUCUCUUCCCAAUGCAUGAUACUUACUGCAUCUUAGUAAAAUCACAACCAUACCAACUAGCUCAGUCAACAACCUCAAGUACUUUUAUUGUUACUGAUCCAUUAUUUCUUUCAGUUCCUAACCUUGAAAUACCCAGAGGACAGUAAACCCAUUCACAUACCCAAGGAAUAGUCUCAUGCAAUGGGGUUUCAAUCCAUGUUUAGCAUGUUAAGAGACAUAAAUUAUUGGUCUUUCAAGUGCCAAGUGUCAAGGCAACUAAUAUGUCAUCUUAUUCCGCAUAUUCUUGCAGUAUGUCUAUUGGAGCCCCAAAAAACGCAUGGUUAAAAAGUGGUGAGAAUUGGCACACUAAUUGGGAAGGAUCUGAACAUUGCUUAUGACAACUUUUGUGGUCAGUCUUGCAAACCUUCUAGCGCCACCACAAGUUAAAAAUUUGACAUCUGCUUUAUACAUUUUGGUCUAGAAAUGUAAAAAGUGCAAGUCAAUGUCCCAUUUAAGGCAAGUCAGUCCACUUUGACCAUCUUUGGGUGCUCCCGUGCAUCUAUUUUACAAAGACUGCUUCUAUGAAAUUGAAAUGUAGAAAACUUUAAAUGUCCAAAAAAUUUGGUCAAGAUUACGAUCAAAUUUAAUUCAUCCAAUCAGCAGUAAAAUCUGAAAACAACAAAUUGUGCUGCUUUAGCUCAAACUGCACUAAAAAAAAAUCCACUACUUUUCAAGCUGGUCCUGCAAAUGCACAUUCUUGAGUUAAUGGACAGGGAAUGUCCCUUUCAAAAAGGUGAUUGGCUCCUACCACUAAGGCUCAGCUAAACUACCUCUGUUCCACUUCAAUGCACCGGAUGAUUUAAAUGUUGAUUAUCUUGAAUUUGUUCAAAAGUAUACUUUUUAUAAAUGUCAUCAUUUGAUCUUAACCAAAUCUGAGCUAAACUGCAAUGCCUUUUAGUGAGCUUUGCCGUAAUGAAAUUAAACUUGAAUAUAAAUUAAUUCCAAAUUUAUGAUUUUGGACAACUUGGAUGACAUUUUGCAGUGUACAAUGGCAAGGACUAAGGUCAUGCUUUUGGUUUACAUUUAUUUCUUGGGGCUUGUAGGUUUGAACAUCAAGCUCCAUCAUAUACACCUUUUAACAGAUUUUUGCUAACCAAACGCAACAUUGGCUUGGAUUUCCUUUAGAUCAAGGGAAGGGCACAUCCACAUUAACGUUUUAGUCUCAUUCACACUAGAAUGCCAUUUUCAUCCACUAAAAACCAUCUCAAUUUCUGCAUACUUUGAAAAUGAUGACAUUAGGAAACUGAAAACAAAUUGCAAACUUCGAUUAGUGUGGAUGUGUCCCAAGCUCUGAACUUGACCUCGAGAACAUGCCCAAACGAACUGUGAAAUGCCAUGAUCCAAGCACCGGAAGUCCAUGGUAUUGGUGUGAUGACCCCAUAAUUGCUGCGUGCAACUAUAUUUUCUGU